AUGCCUGUAGUGUCGUCUUAUCCGAAGCCGCGCAAGAACGGCUUCCCGGCCGCGCUCAUUGACGCAAUCGCGGGGUACAACUUCCUCGUGAAUGUCCUUAAGUUCGAGCCGCGCAACGUGAUCCUCAGCGGCGACUCCCUCGGCGGACACCUUGGCUUCAGCCUCGUGCGGUAUCUCAUUCAACAGCAGUUUCCCGCGCUCCCACUGCCGGGCAGCCUCUUACUGAUCUCGCCCAUCUCAGACUUUGGCGGCACGCACAUCGGCAUGGAGCACUGGUGCGCGAAUGGACCCUCCGACUUCACGCAGAGCUUCUACUACGGCUACCCGACGUCCAGCCUGCUCGGCUCUCUCCCCGUCGAAUGGGCCGAGCUCAGCCCGUGGAUCUCGCCUGGUUCGCUCAAGCUCCCUGAGCCGCACGGCCUCUUCAAGGGCUUCCCACGGACGUACAUGGUCGCUGGUGGUGCCGAGUGCACGCUCGACCAAAUACACACGCUCCGAGACCGUAUGCGCGCCGACAUCGGCGAGAACAACUUCUGGUACCUCGAGGCCCCUGACUCGAUGCACGUAUACCCGACAAUGUUUGGGCAUACUCCUGAGAACGUAGAGACGAUACAAGCUCUGGUGCAGUGGGCAGAGGAGGUACACGGGCAGUGA